AUGAUAUCUUCUGAUCAAGAAAAUGGAGAUUUGAACUCCGUAAACGUUGUUCGAAAGAAAACGCCAGUAAAAUCAAGUAAAUGUUCAAGUAUACAGAAAAGAGAAUUUAAAUUGAGAGCUUUAGUGAAUGGUAGCCAGCUCACCAUUCACAGUCGAGCUUCUGAUGAUACAGCGAAACUAUUAUGUUCGUUAAAUAAAGAUUCAAUAUCGGAUAUUAUCUUACGAGAUAGGCUAAUUAUUCAAUUCGUGAACGGGAGAGUCAAGAAAUAUCAAUGCAGUGAUCGACCGCCAGAUGACCAACUUAGAGCUGAAGCUCGUAUACUAGGACGUUUUACUGAAGAAAUUUUUUUCAUGAAAGAUGAAAUCAAAGAGUUGGCUGAUGCAUUUUGCUUAUCAUUUGCCGAUAGGUUUGAAUCUGCUGUUGACGCGUUGGCAGGAUUGAAUAAUUUAGGUUACUACGAUCAUCCCACCAACGCUCGGACCUUAGUUUUGCACAUUAAAAGUCUGAUAAAAUAUAAUAUCGACUAUUACAACGAAAAAGUCGAAGACUUAGAAAAAGAUGCGGAAAAAGAAGCUGACGCUAUUAAAGCGCUCGAAAGGAAAAUUAAACGUUGCCAAAGAUUUGAAAACAAGUUCGAAACCGACAUUAGACCUUCGCUUGUUAAAAAAGCUUCACAAUCUGAGUCAAGACUAGCUGCCCAAAAAUGUACGAAAGACGCUACAGUUGAAGACAUAACUUUUCUAUAUAAAUAUUGCCUUGGAAACCGGAAAGAGGCCUUGACUUCGUUGGAGCAAUCUUACUCACAGAAAAUGUGGUACCAGUUGUUCGAGAGUCAAUUGUUGAUAAGUAUUAUUUUUAACAGAAAAAGAAUUGGCGAUAUAAAGCAUUUUAGAAUUUUUUCUUACAAAAACAGAACUGGUAUAGAACAAACCAUGCCAGAUGUAUACGAGAAACUUGAUCCGAAAUCAAAAAAGUUAGCUGAAGAAUAUAAAUUUACAAAAACCGUUGGUAAAAAGUCUAGAGUUGUUCCGAUGUUGCUGCAUGCACUAGAUGAACAAGCAUACAAUAAACUUCUCUCACUACGAGAAGAAGCUGGUGUAACGUCUGAAAAUCCCUACGUUUUUGGAUUACCAUCAGCUGGAGGUGCAAACCGAAUCAAACUCCCAGAUCCAUGCGCCAUUAUUAGGAACUAUUCGAUCCAAUGUGGUGCCAAAAAUCCAGAAAAUCUACGGGGCACUAAUUUACGAAAACAUAUAGCGACAAUGUGUGCAAUCUUAAAUUUACCUGAACGACAAUAUGAGGAGCUUGCUAACUUUAUGGGACAUAGGCUUGAUAUACAUAAACAAUUCUAUCGGCAAUCACAAGUCGUGCACAUUGUAACUCAAGUAUCAAAGCUUCUCCAGAUGGGCAUUAGUACUAAAGAAGAACUUGAUAAUGAAGACACCACUGGCAAGGUUGCUGAACUUGUUUCUAAUAACGAUGUUACUGAUGAAACAAAUAUUAUUGAUAUGGUAAUUACAGAAGUACGUGAUUCUAAUGUAAGUAAUGUACCAGAUUCUGAGAAAAUAUUAGGUGUACAAAUAAGUUUCCGCGGUUUGUCAAAAGAUGGCUCCACCAGAUGGUUAUGGAGAAAUUGUCAGAUGUAA